AUGGAGCACAGCUUCCAGACAAACACAAUGCCCUCCAUGACACCUACCAUGCCAGAGCCACAUGUGCUGAACCAGAUCAUCAUUUCGCCUUCCGACACUGAUUACCUAGAUCAGCUCAUACCCUCCAUUCGCGAGUACAGUGUUGGGAAUCGGACUCCCCAGUUGCUCCAAUCCUUAUCCCGGUUUGCAAGUGAUAAAGAGGUAGAGAUUGAGAGAAUAUGCAACACAAAUCAUCAAGAGUUUGUCUCGUCCGUCAAUUCUUUGCUUCGAAUUCGGGAAGGCACGGUAUCCUUGACCGCGGAGAUCCUGGACCUCAAUCAAUCAAUCCAGACAAGCACCGAGCGACUGGCGGAACAGAAAAAAGCAUUAGUCGAAUCACGAGGUCAUCGCCAGAAUAUUGAUGAGACUUCAAGGGCGAUUCAAGAUUGCCUAGAGGUGCUGCGUCUCGCGAACCAAGUCCAUGACCUAUUGGCAAAGAAGAAUCACUACGCAGCCUUGCGCGCCUUAGAAGAGCUGCAGAAUGUUCAUCUUAAAGGGGUGACCCAAUACAAGAUCGCUGUCAUGAUUCAACGCUCGGUGCCGGCCACUCAGCGCGCAAUCGCCGAGGCGGUGAUGUCAGACUUGAAUACCUGGCUGUAUCGCAUCCGCGAAAUGUCUCAGUAUUUGGGAGAAAUUGCGCUUUUCCACACCGAUCAGCGCAAAUCACGACUCAAACAGAGAGCGGAGAAGGUCCCAUACCUCGAGCACUUCAACUUAAACUCCGCCAUCGAACUGGUGGCCGACGAAGACGAGGAAUAUGAUCUCCUCGAGAAUGAAGAUUUGCAGGUGGAGUUCACUCCGUUAUUUGAAUGCCUGCAUAUACACCAAUCCUUGGGGCAAAUCGACAAAUUCCGAAUUGAGUAUGCCAACACUCGUCGCCGCCAAAAAGACCUUUUAACCCCGCCUUCCAUCACUCUUAUAGAUGAGGAUGGGGCAAGCCUUCACAAUCUUCUGGAGGAAAUGGCAGGGUUUGCCAUCGUUGAAAGAGCUACGAUGAAAAGAGUGCCUGAUUUGAGAUCAUCGGUUGAUAUCGAUGAGCUUUGGGACUCCAUGUGCCAGGCUGCGGUGGGCGUGAUAUCCAAGGCCCUUCCUGAAGUGGACAACGCUGAAAAUAUCCUAAAAAUCAAAAACUUGAUUGCUUUGUUCAUGCAGACCAUGAAUACUUGGAACUUCCCAGUGCGGGUUUUUGAUGAUUUUCUCUUGAAUCUGUUUGAGAAAUAUGCAGAGCUCUUGAAGAGGAGGUUUAGCGAUGAUUUCCAAGAGAUUGUGUCAACGGAUGAUUACAUGCCUAUGCCCAUCCAGACUCUGGAAGAAUACGACAAGGUGCUUAAUGUGAGCUGGUAUAGCCCUGAAAAGCCUCGUGAGGAGCAGGUCUUCCCCUGUAUCCUGCCAUUCUCAAGGAUGUAUCCACUGUGUUGCAUUGACAUUCGAAACUUCCUUAAUCAAUUCUAUUUCUUCGCAAAUGAUGACUUUUCGCACCCAAAUGUCAUUGAUGAGACAUUGAAAGAUGCAUUGGAUGAUCUCCUCUCACGCAAGGUUUGCGAUACUUUAGUCGAGCGUCUUUCCUCGCAAUACUUGGGACAGAUUGUUCAAAUUCUCAUCAACCUGGAGCACUUUGAGUCAGCUUGUCGUGAGCUCGAAUUGCUUCUUGCGGCUGCAAGGUCUCAAAACUCUACAGGCAUAUCCAUUACUCUAAGGGCAACUGAAAAGUUCCGGAGCAAUAAAAAAUCGGCCGAAAAACGCAUCUUUGAGGUCGUCAACUCCAAAAUUGACGAUCUUAUCGAAACAGCGGAAUAUGAAUGGAUGUCUCCUACCUCUCCAAGCGAACCUAGCAACUACAUGCAGACAUUGACUCGGUUCCUCUCUAACAUCAUGAACUCUACACUGUUGGGGCUUCCAACCGAAAUCAAAGAGCUCAUCUACUUUGACGCCCUCAGUCAUGCGGCUAACAUGAUUCUGGCCCAACCGCUGGCACCGGAAGUCAGAUCCAUCAAUCCCAAUGGUGUGAUGGCAUUAGCAAAGGAUGUGGAGUACUUGGCUCAGUUUGUGGAUAGUCUGAAUGUCCCUAUUCUGCGUGAAAACCUCGAUGAGCUCCAACAGACGGUACAGUUGAUGCAGGCGGAUAAUGCGGAUGAGUUCUAUGAUAUCUCAACUCGAAAUAAGAAAUAUGGACGAGUCGACGCUAUGCAGGGACCCAUUUUACUUGAAAAGCUCACGAGGACGGUUCAAGCGCCUAGCAAGGUGGAUAAAUUCGCUACACUUUCCUCUCGUUUCAAGAAGAAUUAA